AUGGUAUCUGCUACUCGUUUAUUUGUGGGUAAUAUCCCAGACAAUGCACAGGAAGAAGAUUUGGCCUCUGCGUUUUCUGCUUUCGGUAAAAUCACCAACUUAGAUUUAAAAUCUAAAGUUGAGUCUGGAAGCGAAAGUAAAAAAUUCGCGUUUGUUUCUAUAUCUGCUCAAAAUAUAGAUGUCGAAUCAUGCAUUAAGCAUUUUUCAAAUGAGGAUUUUAAUGGUAAAAGGCUGUAUGUAACUAGAGCGCGUGAAAGUUUCUUAGAACGAUUACAAAGGGAAAGGGCAGCAGCACAGCAAAAAGAAACAGAAAAGGACAACCACCUCCAUCACAAACCUGACAAAAACCCUGUGCUGAAUUUAAGUGAUAAGUUGAAUCCUAAAAAGAGAAAAAUAGACCAUAUUGAAGGCAAUCAUAGCAAUAUUACUAGAAAAAACCAAACUAAUGAAGGGAUAAAAUUGAAUAAUCACGGAUUUGGUGAUGACCCUAUGGAUUCUACAAGUACAAUGCAAAAUAAGAAAAAUGAAGCUGAGCGAAAAAGAAUGGAGUCUAUAAAAAAAAAGAGGCAGGAAUUUAAAGAAAAAAAGAUGAUCAUUAAAACUGGUUUAACUGGUGUUGACAAAGUUCAAAAUAAAAAAAUAGUUUUUGAUGACAGUGAUGAUGACAUGCAUAGGGAAGUGAAAGAUAAAAAUAGGCAAAAAGAUAUAAAAGUUGGAAAUGGAAAUUCUCUUUUCAAUGAUGAUGUUGAAGAAAGUGAUGAAGAACUCAACUUUGAAGUUAAAAAACAAUUUGAGGGCAAAAAAGGACAAAAGGUUUUAGAUUUGCAAUCAAGAUACAAAUCUGAUAAACGUUUCACCUUAGAUGAAAGGUUCAUGGAUGAUGAAGCAAACUCCGAUGAAAAACAAUCGGAAAAUGAGGAAGUUGAAUUAGGACCAGCAGAUGAAAAGGCCAAACAGCUUAAUAUACUACAAGAUGUACUUGGAGUUACACUUAAGACAAGAGACAAUGAUUCAGAUAGCAAGAAGAUAAAACCAAAAUUAGGAAUGCUUAGAUUUGACCCUAUGCAACCAGAUCAUGCAAAAUUUUUGACACCAAUGGAAACAAAACUAGAACCACCCAAGAAAUCCAAAAAGAAAAUGAAAGAAGAAAAACAUCUUAAUGAGUUACAGCCUGUAGUAGAAGUACCAAAAGUGGAAGUUUCAAAGGAACAAUUUUAUAAAGUCAGUGAAACAUUAAAAGAAGCUAUCGCUCAACCAAAUACAUUUAGUCUUAGGAGUUUAUUUGGACAGGGUGAUAAUAUUGAAGAUGCUCCACAAAAACAAGAAACUGACUAUAUUCCAUUAGAAACAGCAAAAGACAAAAAGAAAGUAAAAAAUCCUCUAGACCCUACAGAUAAGAAUCCUUUUGUAUAUGACUCUUCUGAUUCCGAAUCUGAAGAACCAGAAAAGAAUGUGAAAACUGAAUUACCACCUCCUCCUGAAACUAAAGCAGUUUGGAAAGAGAAUUUGUUUUUCUCUAAAACUGAUUCUCGUCUUAAAGAUGGUCUAAUUUUCUUCACUCGAGUUCAACAAAAUGAAGUACAAAAGGAGAGAAGAGAACUGAAAUCAUUGGUAAAGAAAAGGCUCUAUAAUAAUGACAGAAAGAAUCAAAUGUUCAAAAAGAAAAUAGGAGGCAGAAAGAAAUCUAUGAAAAAACCAUAUAAAAAGAAAAAUUAA